CAAUGGUAUUUUGGUUGGAGAGUUGCAGAGAGCACUUUGGAAGUUAACUUUCAUUUCCUUUCCAAAUUCACGCAACACCAUCUCUUCUCUCUCUGCGUUCAACAGAUCCAAAGUUUCUCUUCUCACGAUACGAGCAGGGAAAGGGUGGAAGCAAUGUCGGAGGGUGAUGUUGGGGAUGUGAAGAAGGAUCAAGAGGUUGUUGAUGAUUCUUCUAAGAAUGAAAAAUCCGUGGAUGAUCUAAAAGAUUCAGAUAAGGAUCAAAAUGAUGAAAACCCCAUGCCCUCAUCUCAGCAGGAGGAAGAAGUUAUCAAGAAAAAAUAUGGAGGGAUGUUGCCAAAGAAGCCUCCACUAAUAUCAAAGGAUCAUGAACGUGCCUAUUUUGAUUCUGCUGAUUGGGCUUUGGGGAAGCAAGGAGCACAAAAGCCUAAAGGACCACUUGAAGCACUCCGUCCAAAGUUGCAGCCAACACAACAGCAGGCCCGCUCAAGGCGCUCAGCUUAUGCUCCAGCAGAUGAUUGUGAAGUUGAUGGCUGCAGCAAUGAUGCAUCCCCAGAGCAUCAAAGUGCUACUGAAGAUGUUGGUGGUGAUAAACGUGAUACUGCUCAGGACCAAAGCUGCCGUUAAUAACUAUGGUUUUGACCUAUUAUUUGCAUUUUGACACCGAUGCUUUUUCUCUGAAUUUAGUAGCAAACAAUCCUACAUAUUAGAGUUGCUUGUGCUAAAAACUAGAAGUUGGAGUUUUGAAGCAGUUGUAACCAUGAAUUAGAUAUGUAUGGGACUAUAUGACGUGCUAGGAUUGUACUAUGAGAGAUCUUGAUCUCUACAUUCAUUUGUGAAGGCACGAUUGUGCCGUUUGUAACAUUUGACAUCUCACAUGAUAUAAUAAUCUAUAAUAAGAUUGGAUAUGAAAC